ACCUCCGACGCCCAGGGCCAGGGCACCGGCGAGGGACAGCGGGAGGAAGGGCCGCGCUGAGGCCGUCCGCGCGCUCCGAGGGACGCCCGCAGCGCCGCCACCAUGUGCGAGCUGUACAGCAAGCAGGACACCCUGGCGCUGAGGAGCAAGCACAUCGGGCCCUCGUGCAAAGUUUUCUUUGCUGCGGAUCCCGUCAAAAUAGUGCGAGCUCAGCGACAGUACAUGUUCGACGAGAAAGGCGAGCGGUACCUGGACUGCAUCAACAACGUGGCCCACGUGGGACACUGUCACCCAGAAGUGGUCAGAGCUGCCCUGAAACAGAUGGAACUGCUGAACACAAAUUCUCGGUUCCUGCACGACAACAUUGUGGAGUAUGCCAAGCGCCUCUCUGCGACACUGCCCGAGAAACUCUCUGUUUGCUAUUUCACAAAUUCAGGAUCUGAAGCCAAUGACUUAGCCUUACGCCUGGCUCGACAGUUCAGAGGCCACCAGGAUGUGAUCACUCUUGACCAUGCUUACCAUGGUCACCUAUCAUCUUUAAUUGAUAUCAGUCCAUAUAAAUUUCGAAAGGGCAAAGAUGUUAAGAAAGAAUUUGUCCAUGUGGCAGCAGCUCCAGACAUUUACAGAGGAAAAUACAGAGAAGACCAUGCAGACCCAGCCGGUGCUUACGCAGGUGAGGUGAAGAAGAUUAUCGAAGAAGCUCAUAGCAGUGGAAGGAAGAUUGCUGCCUUUAUUGCUGAAUCCAUGCAGAGUUGUGGCGGACAGAUAAUUCCUCCAGCAGGCUACUUCCAGAAAGUGGCAGAAUAUGUACGAGGAGCAGGGGGUGUGUUCAUAGCUGAUGAAGUUCAGGUCGGCUUUGGCCGAGCUGGGAAACAUUUCUGGAGCUUCCAAAUGCAUGGUGAAGACUUUGUUCCGGACAUUGUCACAAUGGGGAAACCAAUGGGCAAUGGCCACCCAGUGGCAUGUGUGGUAACAACCAAAGAAAUUGCAGAAGCCUUCAGCAGCUCUGGGAUGGAGUAUUUCAAUACGUAUGGAGGAAAUCCAGUAUCUUCUGCUGUGGGAUUGGCUGUCCUGGAAGUAAUUGAGAAUGAAGACCUUCAGGGAAAUGCCACAAGGGUGGGGAUGUACCUCACUGAGUUAUUGAAUAGACAAAAGGCUAAGCAUGCAUUGAUAGGAGAUGUCAGGGGCGUUGGCCUUUUUAUCGGCGUUGACUUAGUGAAGGACCCUCAGAAAAGGACCCCGGCCACAGCAGAGGCGCAACACGUCAUCUACAAAAUGAAGGAAAAUCGGGUGCUUCUCAGCGCCGACGGGCCUCACAGAAAUGUGCUUAAAAUAAAGCCACCCAUGUGCUUCACGGAAGAAGACGCCAAGUUUAUGGUGGACCAACUUGACGGGAUUCUGACAGGUUUAGAAGAAGCCAUCGGAGCCCAAACUGAGAGUGUGGUCCCUGAGAACAUUCCAUGCAGAACAAAGAUGCCUAAGGAAGCACCCUCAGAAUUACUCAGUGACGGCAGCCCGGACCCCAAAGAAAAUCCUGGCCAAAAGAGAAACAGAUUAUGUGCAAAUAAACCUCCACUGCUCAGUAAGAGGCUCAAGACAUGAGAGAUGAGCGUUUUACAGCAAGAUAACUGUCCUGAGUUACAGAGAACAAAUGGAAGUGACUCUUCUGUUAGCAGCUCUGUUGUGCCCUCUAAAGGGAGAAUUUGCUUUCCAUUUAGAUUUGUAAAUAAAGAAGCUAAACGAGUAAUAAGAAUAAACCAGGUGAUAAUCAAACCAGGUCCAGAUUAUCAGUUCAGCCUCAAGCCUGUUAAUUCCUUACUUGAGAUUUCUGAGCGUACUUCAUUUAUUCUAGUAAAUUUAAGCUUCAAGUUGGAUAUUAAGUUGGCCGUUUUACUUCUCGCAUUUUAAUGUUCGGAAUGAGAGCAAAGUACAACAGGUUCCUGAACUUUGGACACUUGGUGCCUUAAAAUAUGAAUUCUUUAAUGAUUUCAUUUAUAUUUAAGUAUAUUUAUGGACUAUAAUAAAAUAAAAGGUGAUAUAAACCAAAAAA